AUGCCGCGCGGAAAAGGAAGAGGAAAUUGGGGCAAGAACAAGGGCAAGGGCCGUGGAGGUGGCGGCAACAACUGGUCGACUGAGCGCAAGUCGUACGCCGAAGUGCCCAAGGUCAACGAGCAGUUCGAGAGACUAUACAACGACCUCAACAUUGUACCCGAAGGAGAGGAGCGCGAACAGUUCUGGGCUGCUCUGAGACGCGAGCUGCCCAACUCGUUCCGCUUCUGCGGCAGCAAAGGGCAUGCGCUUGCCGUGCAAAAGAACCUGGACGAACAUUUCAUCCCCCAAAUCAAGUCGAUGAAGUUCGACGAGCAAAAUGUCGAACCUCCGAUGCCCAUCACCUGGUAUCCCAACCAGCUCGCCUACUACAUGACCACUCCUAAGAAUGUCAUUCGCAAAUUCCCUCCCUUCGCCGCUUUCCAAAAGUUCCUCGUCUCCGAGACCGCCGUCGGUAACAUCAGUCGUCAAGAAGCUGUUUCUAUGAUUCCCCCGCUUCUCCUCGAUGUCCAGUCGCACCACACCGUUCUCGAUCUCUGCGCCGCACCUGGAAGUAAGAGUGCUCAAUUGGUUGAGAUGCUGCACGCUGGAGAAGAAUCGCGUAUACGCAAGGCUACAAAGCAACACCAGGAUGGUCAAACCGAUCCCACUGGAGCUGCUGACGAGACUGUGGAGGGCAACGACUGGAGCGAUGAUGGCAGAGCUACCGGACUUUUGGUCGCAAACGACGUCAACUACCAGCGCGCUCAGAUGCUGGUCCACCAGGUCAAGCGUUUGAACUCCCCCAACUUGAUUGUCACCAACCACGACGCUACCAUGUUCCCCUCGAUUGAGCUUCCUUCGGACCCUGUUCCUGAGGGCCAAAAGAAGCAGGGCAAGUGGCUGAAGUUUGACAGAAUUCUUGCCGAUGUUCCUUGCUCUGGCGACGGUACCUGCAGAAAGAACCCCAACAUCUGGAAGGACUGGAUUCCUGGCAACGGUCUUGGUCUCUACAUCACUCAGGUCCGCAUUCUUGUUCGUGCUCUUCAGAUGCUCAAGGUCGGUGGUCGCGUCGUCUACUCGACUUGCUCGAUGAACCCCGUCGAGAAUGAGGCCGUCAUCAACAGCGCCAUUGACCGCUGCGGUGGCAUCGAGAAGAUCAACAUUGUCGAUGUCAGCAACCAGCUCCCCGAGCUCAAGCGUUACCCUGGAUUGAAGGAGUGGAAGAUCAUGGACAAGGAGGGCCGUACCUGGAACUCUUGGGAGGAGGUGGAAGACGCAAAGUCAAAGAAAUUUGAGGCUUCGCUUGAGCGUGUCGUCUCCGGCAUGUUCCCUACCCCUGGCCAAACUCUCCCUCUUGACCGCUGUGUUCGUGUCUACCCCCACCAGCAGGAUACUGGUGGUUUCUUCAUCACCGUCCUUGAGAAGAAGUCGGAGAUCAGAGCCAAGCCCGAGUCUGAGACCAAGGCUACCAACAACACUCCUUCAAUCGUCUCUAUCGCAAAGGAGAUUGUAGCCAAACCCGAGUCUGAGGGUGUCAUUCCCAAGCUUGAGACCAUUGAGGACUACGCCCCCUCAAGCAACCACACUGUUGAGACUGGAACCGCUUCUGCUGCUCAACGCCAGAACAAGGAGGCUAUCGAGGACAUCGAGCCCGCCUCUAACAAGCGCGGUCUUGAAGAUGUCGGCGACUCUGCCGCCCAGGAUAUCAAGAGAGCCAGAACCGAGAAGGAUGAAGGUGCUGGCCCCGGUGCCAUCGGCGAGGUCGGUCAAAUGGAGCACUGGCCCAUGCCUCCUUCCGCCCCUCUGAGACAGGAUGAAGUCGCUGCCGAAGACGCAACCUCCGCAGCAGCACCUCGUGGUCGCCGCAACAACCAGCCCCACGAGGAAGCCUUCAAGUACCUCUCCGCCGACCACGAAGAACUCGACGGCAUCUUCGACUUCUACCAACUCUCUUCCCGCUUCCCCCGCGACCGCUUCAUGGUCCGCAACGCCCUCGGUAACCCCGUCAAGGCAAUCUACUACACCACCGCUCUGGCCAAGGACAUUCUGACCAAGAACGAAGGCCGCGGUAUGAAGUUCGUCCACUCCGGUGUCAAGAUGUUCGUCAAGCAAGAUGCACAAGGUCAAGACAUCUGCCGCUGGCGUCUGCAGAGUGAAGGUCUUCCCAUCGUUGAGGGCUGGGCUGGUGAGAACAGAAUCAUCCGCUGCUAUAAGCGUGAGACUCUGCGUAAGCUUUUGAUCGAGAUGUUCCCGCGUGUCAGCGGUGAGCAUUGGAAGGAGCUCGGCGAGAUUGGUGAGAAGGCCAAGGAUAUCGGCAUGGGAUGUUGCAUCCUGCGUGUCGAGCCCUCUGACCAAGAAGAUGGCUUUGAUGAGAGAUUGACACUACCUCUCUGGCGCAGUAUCUCUUCCCUCAACCUCAUGCUGCCAAAAGAAGAACGCCGCGCCAUGCUCCUCCGCCUCUUCAAAGACGAAUCCCCCCUCAUCGACCACAGCCAACAGCCCAACCGCAAGAACGGUCCCGCAGCCACAGCAGACCCCACCGUCUCUUCCACCUCCGCCCCGGAAACCAUCAUCGAUAACAGCGAUGGCGGUGUAGCGUUAAACGACGUGGACGCAGACAUGGAAGACGCGGAUGCCACCGCCCCCAUCGGUGCCAGUGGCGUGGGCACGGAAGAAGAUGCCAUGGCCGCGGAAGAUGCACUCAGAGCUGAGCAGCAGGUCAUCGCUGAUGAGGAUCAAGUUGUCGGUGCGGCGCCCGAGCGUGAAGGUGAGGGUGAUGAGGUCAACACUACCGUUUAA